AUGCCGGUUGCAGUCGCUAUCGGCGGUGAUCCGGUCAUGUCCUAUAUCGGCACUGCACCACUUCCAAGUGGUAUUGAUGAACUCCUGUUUGCAGGGUUUCUCCGCAAAGCCAAUGUACCAAUGGUCGCGUGCAAAACAAUCGAUAUGUUGGUCCCCGCAGAUGCCGACAUCGUAAUUGAAGGGUAUAUCGAACCGGACGAGACCUGCAUUGAAGGACCGUUCGGCGAUCACACCGGCUACUACUCCCUUGAAGACGAAUAUCCCGUUUUUCACAUCACCGCUAUCACGCACCGCAAGCGUCCCAUCUAUCAGACAAUUAUCGUCGGCAAACCGCCGAUGGAGGAUUGCUACAUGGGCAAGGCAACGGAGCGAAUCUUUAUGCCUUUGAUCAAGACGCAACUGCCGGAGUUGGUCGAUAUGAACCUGCCGCUGUUCGGUGUAUUCCACAACUUUGCUUUAAUCUCCAUCGACAAACGUUACCCCUACCACGCAAAGAAGAUAAUGCACAGCCUGUGGGGGCUUGGUCAACUGAUGUUCAGCAAGAUUAUCAUCGUUGUUGACAAAGAUGUUGAUGUGCAGAAUGUCGAUGAAGUGCUUUUUCGAGUUGGCAGUAACGUCGAUCCCAAACGGGAUGUAACCAUCGUCGAGGGUCCCGUUGAUGUGCUUGAUCAUGCUGCGCCGCUGAUGGGCGCGGGAUCGAAGAUGGGGAUUGAUGCAACGACCAAAUGGCGCGAGGAGGGUUAUCAGCGGGAGUGGCCCGACGAAAUCACGAUGUCUCAGGAAAUCAUCGAUCUGGUAGAAAAGCGGUGGAAGGAGUACGGGAUUGGGUAA